AUGCGACGCUGCGAGUUCGACAACGAGCUUCUCCUUAAAUCGAUUGCGACACUUCUCGCGCUCCUCAUCGCGCCCGUCUAUCUCAUCGCGUUCUACGCCCUCAUAUGGAAUUGUCCCAAGUAUUUCCACAAGUAUCGCACACUGCUGAUGCUCCACGUCGUCGGGAAUCUGAGCUUCGACGCGUUCAUGUCGUUCGUCUGGCAUCCGCACUUCAUUCUUCCAUGGGUGGCGUGCUGCGCAGUCGGCAUCGCUUGGCAAUUCCCGUACGCCAUGUUCACCAUGUUCUUUGUUCAUAUCGUACGCCGGCGUUGUGAUCAUCCGCAUUUCAAAUAUCGAAUGGAAUGCGUUCUCAUCGGCCAGUCGAGGCAUCCGCGGGCGAAAGGCGUCGCCAAAUUUUUGGCAAUCUUCCAAAUCGUCAGCAUCGCCACGAUAACGGACUUCGUCUAUGGCCGGCAAUGGCUCGUCGAUCCGCAGAGGAAAAUUGAACUCAAUCAGGUCGUCUAUUGUGAGCAAUGUGUGCUCAUCGCUAACUUCAAUUACAUCCACACCUACAUAUUGUUCGUCGCCUCCGCGUUUCUCAUGAUCUCCGCGAUUGUCGCCAUCGCGUUUUGCGAGCUCAGCGCGCACGCCGCGCUGAGCUCGAUGCGCUCGCGAGUCUCGCCGAAAACCCACGAGCUCCACUCGUCGUUUUUGCGUUGUCUCGUCCGAUUGGUCGCCGUCCACGUCGGCCUUCUCGGCACACCGGUCGGCGUGUUCGCGUUGGCGCAUCUCGUCGAGUUUCGACAUCGUGUUUGGAGUUAUUUCGCCAACGCGCUGACCAUCCAAACGUCGAUUCACGGCGGCCUAUCGACGCUGGCGAUGUUGUUCUACACGCGGCCGCUCGUCAACAAUCUGUUCCGGAAAAAACCGUCGCAACGCAAUUCGGUGUCGAAAUUCUAG